CGAGACCCUAGUUUAAAUGAGCAUUUUCCAGUUUCAUUUAAAGCACAUUUUGACCCUUCGCACAAUGGCGCGCGCGCACGUGUUCGGGCGUGAACGCGCCCACAGUCUGGACUGGCGUCUGGUCAGACAGUCUGCAACUCGGGAAGAAGCGAAUAGGAGGGGCGAGAAUUGGGAAUGCCACAGGAAUGAUCCAUUAACCCCGCACAGCCCAACAUCCGCAUGUAUGGAUUAGUUACUCCCGAAGUGUAAUCCAUCAUCUCUAUUGUAUCCGCGCGCAUUGAACUUCCUUCAGUAUCUCCGACUGCUCACAUUCACUUUGCACGCGGAGCACAUGACGAAGCACCAGAGAUGUUCUGAAUGAAAAGAGGAUCUGGCAACCUUUGGAUAACAAUGCUGGAGAACUUGAGUGGAGGCCACAGCGAUCGACCCUCCUCUAGAUCCUCCUCCACUUUCAGCUUCUCCAGCCUGUUCGCUCUGCCGCACCACCUUCACAUGGAUGGAAGCAGUCAUCCAUUCAGGAGGACUCUGUACCGGCUGAAGUUGGUCAGUUCUCCAAAUCUGAGUCAGCUGGGCAAAAGUGAGAAGGCUUCACUGGAGGAGAGAGGAUCAGGUCCAAACGCCACAUGGAACAGCAUUCACAACGCAGUUAUUGCUGUUUUUCAAAAGAAAGGACUGGCAGACAAUGAACUCUAUACACUCAACGAAGGCGUGAGGCAGCUAUUAAAGACUGAGCUGGGCUCAUUCUUUACAGAGUAUCUUCAGAAUCAACUUUUAACUAAAGGCAUGGUCAUUUUACGGGACAAAAUAAGGUUUUACGAAGGUCAGAAGUUACUGGACUCUUUGGCUGAGACGUGGGACUUUUUCUUUUGUGAUGUUCUCACCAUGCUUCAAGCCAUCUUUCACCCCGUCCAGGGGAAGGAGCCGUCUGUGCGUCAACUGGCCCUGCUGCACUUCCGAAACACCAUCACCCUUAACAUGAAGCUGGACGAGGCUCUGUCUAGACCACGAGCCCGGGUCCCGCCCUCCAUCGUCCAGAUGCUUCUGGUAUUACAGGGGGUUCACGAGUCUAAAGGUGUGAGCGAAGAGUACCUGAAGCUGGAGUCUCUCCUUCAGAAGGUGGUGUCCCCGUAUCUGGGCACACAAGGACUGUGUUCACACGAGUGUGGAGCUUCUCACUGCUCCUGCUUUAUUGAGCGGCGUUUGCAGUAUUGCUGGUCCAAAUCUGCAGAUCUGCCGUCCACUAAUCCAGUAGUUCGCUCCAAAAGUUACAACAUCCCCAUGCUGACACCCGUGGCGGAGUAUGACUCUGAAGUGAGCUCAGUUGGGAGUGUGGGCAUCCGGCGCCACUCAGCAUGUGAUGUCACUUCCUGUAUAGAGCACCAGGGCUAUUCGGCCCUAUCUGUGGGAAUAGAGACCAGCUCCACCCCCAGACUCUCACUCGAUCACGACCUUAUGAUGCGAGGAGCCGCGGGACAACCCUCUCUUAUAUCUCCACCCGUGUUCAUCCACACCUCCACUGGGUGUCUACACGCUCCCGACGCCCAGAUUGCGUCAUCCGAAUCGGAAAAGGUGGUUUCGUCACCCCCGAGUUGCUCCUCCAGUCCGGAGACGAUUGUAAUGCAAGGACUGGAUUCACUGGAAUCGGAUCCCGAAGGAAUCUUCAUUGAUUUUUCCCACUGCCGCUCUGAUUCUUUCGGAACGAGCAGGAAAACAAGCUGAUUGUGAUGAUUCCAUGAUUAUUAUCUACCACUAUUUUCUGUGAACUUGUGAAGUAGCUAUGUUACGUGUUAUUUUUUAAACUGGAGUUUUUAUUCCAGCUUUGCGCAAAAACGACAAGGCUGCUUUAAUGGGGAGAGGACUCGAUUUAAAGUGAUCUUUUUCAUAACGUUCUAAAACCUGUGGAUGAGUUUUUGACAUUUUCUACAUAGUUUUUUCAUAGACGAUAAUAGAUGUCGAAUUUCUUCGUUAAUUAUUAUUAUUACGCAGUUUACUGUCUCUCACUUUGUGUUUUAAUGCGCGGUUAGAUUUACCUCUAUUUGGUGAAUUUUUGCGAGCAAAAUAUUAUGUAUUGAAAUUAGAAAUUUCACAAAAGAUUUUGCAGUGUUGUAGGCUAGAAUUGACCAGGUGUCCAAUUUUUUUUUUCCCCAGAGGAGUCCUGUAUUUCAGCUCUGUUUUUAGUGUCUAGACUUAUUAUGAAAAAUCUAGUUUUGUCCCAUAUUUAAUUCUUCAUUGCUUAGCGCUAGUAGUAGUCAUCGUCAUCUAAAAACAGCCUAUUUAAUGGUAGUCAGUCAUGUGAUAGUAUACUUUAAAGAACAAAAGUUGCAGUGUGUGAAGUUGCAGUUUCAUCCAUCGUCAGUAAUGUCUCAUUUCCAGUGAGCGGUGCGGUUCAGUACAGUACGUUAUAGGUUGUGCCAGACAGAAUCUGCAGACAUUUUUGGCUAUUUCUGCACAAAAUUUUGUAAAAAAUCUCCAGAUUUAUGUGGAAUGAGUAUUGCAACUAAAAACUUAAUAUAUGAAAUAAAUAAAAAAUAACUUUUCAACUUUUAUUAAAUGUUUGCAAUGCAAAUCCAAUUAGAUCCACUUAUUAGGUAAACAAAGUCUCUCAUAUAAUAUAUCUACUAAAAGACAGAAAAUGUUACUAUACAAACUGUAUAGUAAAUAAAUCAUAGGAACAUUUUUAUAUUAGUCAAUAAUAUUAGUGAAAUUGAUUUAAAAACUGAAUAAAUAUAAAUGAACACACAUUUACUCAAGUAAAUAAAAAGACUCAAUAAUUCCGUGUGGGCCUAGUUAUGGGUCGCCCAGUACCUUUCCUCGACCCUUACUCAGUGAGUGUGAUGUAUGCCAGAAAGUUUCAAUUCAUUUCAUUGUGAUUAUUUCACUAGCAUCAAGAGGAAAGGCAUUCUGGCCAUAUCGCGUCAAGUUCAUGAUUUCAAAUAUAGAUGAGUACCAAUCACACCCAAAUAAAGAGAGGAAGCAGCGCGACUUACGCUUUCCAAACGUUGACAUGCGACAUUUCAACAGCCCCGUAAACAACAAUAGAGGACAUACAGCAGAUCCUCUUCUUGCUUCUUAGCAUGUGGCUGGUUGUCACAAGAAGUCGACUUUAUUUGAGCUUGGAUCAACCAUGUUUAAUUGCUGCUCGCUGGCAUUGUAUUAUUACGGUAUUGUGUUUUGGCUGCGUAUUUAAAAAUGCAGCUUCCUGUGUUGUGUUAUUGGUUGUGUUGUAAACCAAUAGCAUUCAGCAGCGAAUCUAGCUCCACCCUUUUGGUAUUUUACUGUUGUGCUCGGAGCCCUUAUGAAAGGGUCCCAAAGAAGUAGUAUGGUACGCUAUGUUAUUACGUCUGACAGUAGAAGUAAAAUAAAUUAAACCAUAUUGUACUGUACCGCUCAAUGGAAAUUAAACAUAACCGAGAGCAUAGAGUCAUCAGAUGGAGAAGUGAUUUGCUAUAGUUAUAGCUGGAUAACAUGAAUAGAUAAUAGAAGGUAUGUUGAAAGAAAACAUACAAUUUCCAGACAUUUACCGUGUUUCAUAUAAUGGAUCACUCUGUGUUUAAUAAAACACCUUAAAAAAACUACAUUUAACUUUAUAUUUACCUGAGCGGAAAGUAAAAUAACACAGACAAUCUAUGUCGUUUGUCACUCUAUGGUGUCAAGAUUAUUAUUAUUUUACACAAUAUACAGGCAUGACGCAAUACACUCCUCAUUGUGUUUGCAUAAAAAUGAGGCAGAGGUGGGACAUAGACAGUUUGUCUGUCUUUUCAGAGAGUCACUUGAAGAAAACAUAAUUUACUCAAGGUGUUGUUUAGCAUGUUCUUGAUGACUACAGCCAGUUUCAAAGAAUUAGUCCAAAACAUCUUUAAUUUUCAGUAAUGUUUAACGACGCAUCUUUUUUCCUUCUCUUUUGGCUUCUGUCCACAUGGAGAUGGCUGUUUUGUUUAUGAAUUCAGAGCUUUUCAAAAAAUCUUUAAAAUAACAUCGUUUCCUGUUGGUGUAGACUGAAAUCUGCGAAGCAGUCAUGUGACCCAUUCAAUGUUGACGUUUUACUGCCAUUGUUUUGGCUGCUUUUCAGUUUGAUACCAUUGUUAAAUCUUCAGAUUUCAUUUCUUCAAUUGGAUCUGUAAUUGCCGUGCAAUUUUCAUAUUAAUAUGAAUUAGUGUACACAUAGCCAUGGUUUCAAAGCAAAGCUAUAAACCACGCAGCUACAAUGACAACAUAAAAAGGUGCACUUUCUCAUAUAGCUACUAUGAAGUCUGUGGCUGCGUCCGAAACCACCUACUACUCAGUAGGUACUGCAUUUAAAUUUAAACAUACUACUCGGCUGCUAGAAAAAUAUGUUCUUUACAGUAUGAAUGCGAGUAGGAUGAAGGGAACUUAGAUGUAAUACAUCCGACAUUUUGUCACGAUCAUUUGACCUACCCAUGUGAGUAGCGUCGCUUCACUCCCAUUCAUGAAUUUUCUCGCAGCGCAUCAUCGGAUAGUGUAGCGUGCAUCGGAUGCACACUUCAGAAUCUCACUGGAAGUAGUAGGUCAUCCUGGGUACUUCUCGCAGACUGAUUUUCGAAUUUUUUGAAUUCGGACAUCCUACUCCGCUCGCAUUUUUUUUUUUUUUUUUUUUUGCGUACUAUUUAUUAUGGAAGUAUUCGAUUUUGGACUAAGUUAAUGACUACAGUUUUACCACUCUUUGUUGUGUGCUGCAACCUACAGGAAAACUAGUAAUGUUAAUAAAUACAUUUUGAAAAUUUUUGAGACAAGAUAGGCUAGUGCACUUCAGACUGCAGCUAUUCUGACAAUUUAACUCUAUGUAGCGUAAUUUGCUGUGUGUUAAUUAAAAUUAAACAUUUUGGUCUAAAAGUGACUCGCAAGAAUUCACCAAUUUGAUCGCACUUUAAGUGAGCUUAACGUAACGUAAUGUGCGAAGGCGACAGAAUCACUAAAAGUAGAAAUAUUGCUUCCAUUUUUGUCGCUCUUGUGCACUAUUUAUUAUCAUAGGGCUUUAAACGAACUACAUUUAGUGCUUUAAAUGAUUGGCAAUCUGAGCUGCACUCUUAAUGGUAUGAAAUGAAAUGAUUCUCUUUAAGUUGCGCUAAGGAUAAUACAGUGCAGAACAUUGUACUUUUUGAAUAUGUUGUCUGGCUUUCAUGCUUUUUAUGUGGUGAUAAUGAGCUGCCAGUGAGUGAACAGGGUUUGAUAAUUGAAUGUGUUAACAAAAAUUCCCUUUUAGUUAAUUAGUCGAUAAUAUAGCUUAAAUAGAAAGAGGCUAUGUUAGAUGUAACUGGAAUACGAAAGUUGGCUUACUGGCAAUAAAAAGAUUUUUUAUAAUGUGAUUUUUAUAUCAAAUGGUGUAAUUUAAAAAUAUUCUUUUUAAAUUUAGCACAUAAUUUAAUGGGCUUAAUUGAAAAAUGUUUAUUUAAGAAAAUGAAAUUGAAAGCGUAAAAAUCCAAUGGUGUAAAAACUGUAAGGUACUUUAAAGAGUUUUUUUUUUUUGUGAUUUUUGUUUGUUAUUACUAUGUAUGAAAUCUUUUUAACUUGGGUUAUAAAUUGAUCAGUUUCUCUGUAGUUUUAUAGGAGUAAUUUGAGCAUAUCUUGCAUAGAUUUUUAAACGAGCAACAUUUUUAGACAUCUAAAACGUUUACAGUGGUACUUUAAUACCUUGCACUGUCAUUUAUGAAGUCUGUACUUUGUUUCAUACUGAAUUUGUUAUCAGCUUUCAUGUGUGCUGCUGUGGACAACCUCAACAAAAUCGAAUUUGUAGUAAAAUACUUUUAUGCUUCA